AUGAGAAAUGAAGGCAACAGAUUGAAGUCCUUCUUGUCCUAUACGUCCCAUUCAUCAUGGUCUUUGACAGAAAUGGCAGCUGCUGGGUUUUAUCACACGCUUGUUAAGUCCAGCGUGCAAUGUUUUUGCUGUGGGUUGGUUUUAUUUACCACGAAGGUUAGAUGCACCCCAUACGAACAGCACAAGAAGUUUUCUCCCACUUGCGAUUUUGUCCUGGGCAAAGAGGUGGGUAAUAUUUCUAAGUAUGACGUACGCGUUAAGAAGGCGGAGAAGAAUCCAGCAGAAUACAGCUACAGCACAGAGGACGCGAGGCUGCAGUCCUUCGACGGAUGGCCAUUCUAUGCCAGGGGAACAAAGCCCGAUUUGCUUGCCAGAGCUGGGUUUUUCUUUACAGGCAAGAAAGAUACAGUGCAGUGUUUUGCUUGCGGUGGAUGUCUGGGAAAUUGGGAAGAUGGUGAUGAUCCUUGGAGGGAACAUGCUAAAUGGUUUCCUGAGUGUGAAUUCCUUCAAAGUGCGAAAUCAAGUGAAGAAAUUAAAAAGUACAUUGAAACCUACAGUGGAUUUGUUGGAGUGGUGGGAAGGCAUUUCACAGCUUCCUUUAUCAAGGAGAAUUUAUCUACUGCAGCAGGUGAUCUUGUCUUGAACAUCUUUGAGGACGAAGGAGUUCGACUGGACUCUUUUAAAACUUGGCCAGCAGAAGCCCGUGUUGAAGCCACCGCUCUUGCUAAAGCCGGGUUUUUCUAUACAGGUUUGAACCAAGAGAAGGUGAUAAGGUACAGUGCUUCAACUGUGCACGUUGCUUACAGGAAUGUGAAGAAGGUGAUGAUCCUAUGGAACAACAUGCAAAAUGGUUCCCUGAACGUGACACCUGUUGAAAGUCAGUGUGUUCAAGAAGCGAAGAACUUGACCGAACAACUUACGAAGGCUUACAAUCGUAACAACUUCAGCAAAUUGUUUUCCUUUGGGAACUCAAACCAUUUGGCUAUUGACUUGAAAUUACUCUAUGGGGACCCAUCAGUUGUCUCAAAGGAUAUUAAAGAUCAGCCAAUACAGCAGCUCUUUCUUCAUGAAAUCCUUGCGAACCUUAGCUCUACCAUUGUGUUGGAAGGUGAAGCAGGAAGUGGAAAAACAGCAUUGCUCAGGAAAAUAGCUCUUCUUUGGGCGUCAGGCUGCUGCCCCAUUCUGAGCAGGUUUAAGUUUGUAUUUUAUCUCUCCCUGACUCAUGCAAAAUCAGAUCAGAGCAUGGCUGAUAUUAUAUGCAAUCAGCCAGUAGGAUUUGUGGGACCAUUGACAGAAACAACUCUAAGAGACAUAAUUCAGCCACUGAAAAACCAGGUCUUAUUUCUUUUGGAUGACUAUAGUGAGGUGAAUUCAGUGCCCCAAACUGUAGAAGAACUUAUACAAAGGAACCAUCUUUACCAGCAUUGUUUGGUUGUUGCUGUCCGUACUAACAGGAUGAGAGAAAUUCGCAAGUAUGCAACCACCACUUUAAGCGUUGCAGAGUUCCCUCUGUCCAGCACUCUGUAUGUACUAAGGAAACUGUUCUCCUACAAUAUUGACCUUGUGGAGAAGCUUCUCAUUCAGCUGGAGCUUGAAAAGUCUAUGAAGACCAUUCUAAAGACACCGCUUUUUAUGGUGUCUCUUGCUGCAUAUUGGGUACAGCACCCAAGGGGCAACAUAAUCAGCAAUGAGGUUAUUUUUAAAGCCUAUCUGCUCUAUCACUUACUAAAAUACAGUGAAGAAAGAGAACAUGUACUGGCUGUGUUUUCCUCAUGUGGUGAGCUUGCCUUAACUGGUCUUUUCAAGCCAUCCUUUGAUUUCACUGAGUAUGAUCUGUCUGAAGCAGAAGUUGAUGGAGAUGAAGCUGUUAGGCUGGGUUUGCUAAGCAAAUUUACUGCCCAAAGGCUUCAUCCAGUUUAUAAAUUCUUUCACCCCUUGUUCCAGGAGUUUCUUGCAGGAAGAAGACUGAGUGAGCUCCUGGUUUCUGAUUAAAAGGAAAAACUGGAGCAAGGGAUGCAGUACUUGCAGCAAAUCAACACAUUUAGAAAAGUUGCUGGCCGCUAUAGUUUUUUAUUGGAUUAUGCUUGCAGGUUCUCUUCCAAAGCAGUGCCCCAAAUUAUAUCCUAUUUAUUUAAAUUGAUUGACUGCAAGGAGUCAUUGGAAAGCCAGUCAGAAAAUGAUGAACAUCUGCAGCACCAUUCAGACCUUCCAAUAAAAAUUUUGUUUAUUGACCAGUUAAGUUUUAUUGAUCCAAAACUGCUUCUUCCAGUUUUCAUUCAGCAUUUACUGAACUUUGCUACUUCUGUAGCUUAUGAGAGUAAUACUGUCUCUGUGUGUGCCCCAAUCAUUUUUCAGUUCCUAAGAGGCAAAGAUAUUUCAUUAAGUUCAUUUUUAUCAGCACCAAAAUCUAAGCUGCGUUUUUUCCAGGAUUACCCAGAAUCGCUCUCUCUACCCAGCAGUUUUCAGGUUGAAGUACAAGGAAGUGAGCACAAACAAGAAUUUAAUGUAUCUGAAAUAGCUGCUUGCUAUUCUUCACUGGAGAUGCCAACAAUUGACCGGGAUUAUGCUCCUGCGUUUACACUUUUUAAGGACAUGGCACAAAAAAUUAAAAAAGAAGAAGAAGAAAACCAUAGAUUCAUUUCACUAAUACAAAGACAUCUACCAGACUCCAUUGUGUGUCCUUUCCUACAUACAACAGGGAAGAUGCCACUUUUAAAAUGUACAUUCAGAAACAUCAGUUCCUUUCAGGAAGCUGACCUCAGAAAUUUGAUGACGCUGUUUUCCGUUGCGGAUUAUAUUGAACUUCAGCUGAAUAACAGUCCUGGUUUUAUAGAAGUUAUCCGACCUGCUAUUGAACAGUACAAGGAACACUUUAAAAAAUGUAGUCUACAUCAUCUUAACUUGAGCAUAUCAGAGCAAGAAUUACUUCUCUUGAUGCCUUUUGUGGAAUGUCUUGAGAUAGCCGAAAAAGAAAUGCCAGAACUACUUUUUUCAAAUUUGGACAAAUUCAUCCGCCUUGAGGAACUGUCAGUGAGUCAAUGUGAGAACAGCAAUGUAUUUGAUACAAUACCCGAUGGCUUCAAAAAUCUCUGUAACAUGAAGAAAUUGUCGAUAAGAAGAAUGAAGCUUGAAAACAGCUCUAGGCUGGUUGAAUUUAUUAAGAGCUUCCAAGACCUCUCUGUUUUUCACCUGGACUGCUCCAGCUACUUCGAUUCUGGAUCCCUACUGGCAGCAAUUUCUUCAUGCAAGAAGUUAACAGAAAUCAAGCUAACUGGGUCAUUUUUGGGAGAUGGAGAUCUGCUUUCUUUAGCUGCUGCUCUGCCCAAUUUUGUCUCUCUGAAACUGUUGAAUCUUAAAGGGCAAUAUUUUGAUGACAAGGAAGCUUGUGAAAUCUUUGCAUACAAUUUAGGUGUUCUUCUUAACCUGGAGGAGCUCAUCCUUCCUGCAGGGAAGGGAAUAAGGUCUGCAGCCAAACUGAUUGUUCAGCAGUGUCUACACCUGCUGCACCUCAGAUGCUUCUCACUUACCCUAUGUCUGGAUGAUGACAGGCUGUUGGAAAUAGCAAAGGUUGCGAAUUGUGGAGGUUUCCAGAAGCUUGAACAGCUCUCACUGUCAGUAAAUCAUGACAUUACUGAAACUGGUUGGAGAAACUUCUUCAGAACACUUAAUAACAUGCCUGCUUUAAAAGAGCUGGACAUUAGCCGUAUGUUCACACAUCAGAUCAAAGCCAGUGCACCAACAGUGACAGCUUUUGUCCAGUGUGUUUCUCGACUGCCUGGUCUUGUGACAAUAGUGAUGAUGGGCUGGCUCCUUGAUGCAGAGGAUCUUAAAAUGUUUGAGAUCAUGAAGGAGCAGCAUCCCCAGUCUAGGAGCUUAAAAUUAUCUUGGCAAUGGGUCUUGCCACUUUCACCAAUUUUUCAAGACUAG